AUGUUGGAAUCCAUAGGAUUUUCUUUUGCUACCUGGAAUUUUUUUGAAGCCGCUCACGGCAAAGGUGCUGCUGAUGGCAUAGGAGGUGUCAUCAAAAGAACUUUGGACAAGAAGGUAGCUUACCAUAUGGACAUAAAUGGCGCGAAAACGGCAUAUGACGCUUUAAAAAAUGAAACUGCAGUGAAGCUGUACCUAAUCGAAGAAGAAGAUAUUAAGGACAUUGAAAGGCAAAUAAGCCCAUAUGACUUAGUUGCUGUACCGCAAACAAUGCAGAUACAUCAGAUAACAAGUUCCUUUGGUAUAUCUGAAUUAUUUGUAAAACAAGAACUGUGUGUAAUCAGUUAUAGAAAAUUGAGCUGCUUUUGUCAUAGUGAAGGGUCUUCUUUCAUAAAGGGAUUUUGUGAUUGCUUUUCUUUAAAAGAACAUAGAUUGCUGAAAAAAAAGGUUCAACCAUGUCCGACAAGAAAAAGAAAAAUUAUUUAUUCGUCUGAUUCCGAGAACAACGAUUCUGAUAAUGAUGAAGUAAUCGUCAAAACUGGUUAUAACGCAAAAAAUCAUAAAUCGACUUAUUUUAAUACAGAUGCUAAUAAACCAAGCAAGUCCACAGUCACUAUACUUUCAAAUGUACGAGUAAACUAUAAGUUAUCCGACUUGCAAAAAAUGACAAAAUUAGCCCAAUCUUACAAUGUAUCCUCAUUUGAUUUAAAAAAAGAGUUUAGUGAGAUGUUUGAUGAUAGUGACGAUGAAGCUAUUUUU